AUCUUCUCCUGCAAACUGUUGCAGAACGCAGAGAAAGGCGCGAGCGAGAGGAUCUACUGAUGGGCGGCGACUGCGCGCGCCAGGGAGAGAGCCGGCUUCGGAGAGAGGCGCGCCGCGCGCAUCCACACGAACACGCGUCUGCAGCAGCAGCAGCAGCAGGAGGAGGAGGUACACGUGGAGAUCUUGACGGAAGGGUAAACGCACGAGGCACAGGGGAGGGGGGCGUGUGGGGUUACUUCUUCACCAUGUCCCUCUGCUCCCGGGACAAGCCGGACUGGAACCAUCUCGCUCGAAAGGAAAGCGGAGUGACACCGCUUAGGCAAGAUUCGGGAGCCGAGGGAGGUAGAGCUGUAAACGAGCAGCCGGCCGCCGCGCCCCCUCCCCGCAUCGGGACACCUGCGCCUCGGUUUUUUCUUUAGUGGGGUGUGAGCGUUUCCGCCUCUCCCCUCCUCCAUCCCAUGAAGAUGAACGUGUGAGUGCUUCAAUAACACGAAUAAUUCAUUCCAAUUAUUUUUUGUGCUACUGGGGACCGUAGGAGCCAACGGCUGGGGCCGAGGGGGUCUUGGACCCCCCCUUAAAAUAUUUGAGGGGUCCAGCCCCCCACCCCAAAGUUGAUGGGCAUUGCCAUUCAAAUGAUGUGCAUGCACCGUGUUCAUGUGAUUGAUUAUGGGUGGGUGAUGCUUACCUGCCCCCCUCCCAAAUAUUUUAUUCAAGUUGACACCCCUGCUGGAAACUGAGGUAGCAUCUUUUGAGGUGUAUGAGAGAGACUCCCUGGGGUUUGUGUGAUGUAUCGAAACCCACCUGGUGGGGGGCAUGGAAGGAGUGGGCUUUUAACCACAGGACCAGCGGCUGAAGUGGGAGCAGCGGUGGAGUCAGGGUCAGUCAUCCCACUGUCAAGACUUUUUGGGGAUGGGAUAAUGUGGAUUUGAGGUUGAAGGAGGGCCCCCUAACACUGUUUUAGUUGUAACCCUAACCAAGGGGAAACUCUCUGCUGCCCACUGAGCCCCGGGCACAAAAUCAGGCAGGAAAUCUCCGUGUGUGUGUGGAUGAUGUCUUUGGGUCGCCAAACCUGUGGUUAUACCUGUAAGACAGGAGCCUGCAGUAGAAGCAACUAUUGAGUGGACAAACCAGUCUGUUUAUUAAGCUAAUGGUCCUAGCCAGCAGCCUCUUAAGAAUCCUAUUUACAUGUCUAAAUAGUUGAUCAAGAAUAUAUGUGUUGUCAUAGAAAUACUUAACUAGUGAGUGAUGCUUUUUAGAAGGAGGGGAUUAGCCUUCCCCACCAACGUGGUUGGAUACCAGGUCAUCCUAGGGGUUGGCGAUCAAUAGACCAGGGGCCUGUGUGGUGUAAUCUCACCCAGAGCGGGAAAGACACAGGGGCUGGCCUUGCACUCUGUGCUGAAACCAAAGCUAUGGUUUUUGGUGGCGGAUUCCUGAAAACCUAGUGGGGCAGCGAGAGCUGAUGCUCUGAGCCCUUCCAUCUUAUGCUCACAUUGUGUGUGUGUAAAUAAAACCAUAUAUCAAAAAGACACCACAGUCUCCUGUGACUUUCAUUCCAAGGAAAACUUAACACAAGGUAAUUGCUGGCACCCUUGAAGUCUCUCGCUGUUUGGAUAUUGGGCUGCAUGGAACACUCCUUUAUCUAGAGCCGAGUCUGGUGACAAAAGCCAGCAGUGGCUACUGGCUAUUAUGUUUAUGCCUUAACUCCACUGUUGAAGUCAGUAUACCUCUGAAUGCCUGUUGUUGAGAUUUGCAAGCGGGGAGAAUACUGUUAUGCUCAGGCCCUGCUUCUGAGCUUCCCAUUGGCAACUGGUUGGCCACUGGGAGGACAGGAUGCUGGAUUAAAUGGGCCUUUAGCCUGAUACAACAGGGUUCUUCUUAUGUUCCAGAUGUUGAAGUCCAGCUCCCAUCAGCCCCAGCCAAAAUGGAAAAUGUUCAUGGAUUAUCGGACCUGUGGUUCACUGACAUCUGGAGGGUAAGACAGAUUUUCCAUUCUUGAUUGCACUAAGGAACCAUAAAAUUUUGUUAGCUGAAUCUGUGGAAUCAUGUGGUAAUAUAUCCUACCACCACCACCAGAACAACCAACAAUUUAUUAUUUAUACCACGCCCGUAUGGCUGGAUUUCCCCAUGUUACGUGCUUUUCAUUACCUCUAAUGAAUGGACAGUUUAUGGAUGUUGACUUUGGUAGCUGGCUGUUCUUUUAAUGUAAGUGGGAAGGACACACAUAGCUUGGUGGUAGAGCAUCAGCCCUGUUCAGUCCCUGACUUCUCCAGGAAGGGAUGGGAAUAUUCCAGCUGAAACUCUGGAGAGCUGCUGCCCAUCAGUGUAAAUGAAUCAUUGGUAUAUGGCAACUUCCUAUGUUCCUAAGUCCUUCAUUUGUCUUCCAGGAUGUCCAAGAGGCAACUGGAACAUUUCCUCUUUAGAGUGCUCUAGAUGGCACCCGAGACAAGACAAGAAGAACCAUGUACAAUGGAGCCAAGCUGCUGAGUCUCCUGCCAAAAGAUGAACAACAGUCUUUCAAGGUUUAUCCCUGUACACACCAGCAUCAAACCAUAGAGCUUCUACUGAGGAAGGAGGCAAUUGGCAUUGUUUCAGUUUGGGCUUUGAGACAUAGAGUUGGCGUUCAUCUCCGGCACAGAGGCCUUCUGCUCCUUUGAAUGGCCAUGUUGGAUUUUCCUUGGCUCCAUCCCUUGCCCAGGGCCCAUCAUGGCACUUUUGCUGGACAGAGUCCGCGACUUCUCUCCUGGCCUCAACAUAUCUCCUGGUCUUCUUAAUCCAUGGAUACUAAACCACUCUCAAAGGGAUUGUGAGCUAGAACCAGGCUGUGGUGAGCACACGCUGGCUGCUGGCAGCAGCUUCCCGGGGCCAGCUGUCCGCUUUGUGCUGCCCGCCAUUUAUGCCCUUAUUUGUGCUUCCGGUGUUCUGGCCAAUGGGAUGGUGAUUUCGGUCAUUCUGGGCUGCAAGCAGAAGGUAGUGUCCGACAUCUACAUUUUGAACCUGGCAGUAGCUGACUUACUCUUCUUGCUUGGUAUGCCAUUUGUCAUCCACCAACUUCUGCAGGAGCAAGGCUGGGUUUUUGGAGACUUUCUGUGUUGGGCUGCGACCACCAUCGACCUCAACAACCAGUUCAGUAGCGUGGGCAUUGUCACUCUGCUGUGUGUAGACAGGUAGGAGCCAAGGUAGAAGAGCGGGAUGAACAUGGUAUGCUAAUUCAGAAGCAACUCAGAAGGACCAUAGGUCUGUGGCGGAGUGCUUGCUUUGCAAGCUGAAAAUCCCAGGUUCAGUUCCUGGCAUUUCCAGUGAGAAGGAUUGGACUUCAACAAUCUAGUGCUUUCCAGAUAUUUUGGACUACAGUUCCCAUCAACCCCAGCCAGCAUAGUUGUUGGCUGGGGCUGAUGGGAGUUGUGGUCCAAACAUCUGGAAAGCACCAGGUUGGCAAAGACUGCAGUAGGAGAUGGUAAAUAUGUUUGCCUGAAAUCCUGGAAAGUCAUUCAGUGACACUGGGCCCCUUUGCAGCUGGAGUGCCAUGCUUGAUCUGGAAGCAACCAGCUGUUUAGGCCUGAUUUAUGGGAAAGUUAUGGCAUAGGCAGUAAAGCGGAAUAAAUUAUUGCUCAUAUUAACUGUCAUUUGGAGAAAUCCUUGAUAUUUGCAGAUGUUCCUUCGCUCUUAAAUUAUAUCCCUGUGGUGUAGAGGCUAACAGAUGGAUCCUGCAGGGACAAAACACUUACCACCCACUACCCAGUAGUGUGAUGUCCUCGCUGUCCUUUCUGCAUUUGAACACAUGGCUUAUUACUGUCAAUCUCAUUUAUUUGUGCAUAUUAAGUUAUAGGUUUAAGUUAGCAUCGAUGGGAUAGUCUUAAUGUCAGCUGGGAAGGUUUGUCUUCCCUUCUGUUAUAUUUGCAGAAAAAAGGACAGCGGCUCUAUUUCCCAUCCGAUUCUUCCGUUGCAAAUGACAGUCCCAGCAACCAUUUUACACAGCGCAUCCCUCCGAUAAUCACCAACAAUGAGUUACCAUGGUCACUGUGCACGUUUAUUGUGGAUAUUUGGACAUAUGCCUUGUCUCCUUUGUGGAAUGUGCCGCCCUGUGUCUCCUGUAUCCCUGACGCCAGUUCAUUUCUCUCUCCAGGUACGUGGCAGUUGUGUACUCGUCCACCAUCGGCCAGAAACGGACCCUGCGGUGCACAACUCUGAUCAACGCUGGUGUGUGGGCUGGGAGCUUGAUUCUGGCCACGCCUGCGAUGCUCUAUGCCCGGGUGCACUGGGACAACAAGACGGAGAUCUGCCUCCUUGACUUACCAGGUCCCCACAGUAUAUACUGGUAUACCCUGUACCAGUCAUUGCUGGCUUUCCUGCUCCCCUUGCUGGUGAUCACUGUACUGUAUUCAUUGACUCUGCAGCACCUCUUCCGCACCAUGCGCCGGGUGCAUAGGAAGCCAUCUGCCCGCAGCCGGAAGGUGACCCGCAUGGCCCUCACAAUCAUGGCUGCCUUUUUUGUCUGCUGGACUCCGUACCACGUGCUGCAGUUGGUCAACCUCAAUGCCACACCCUCUGCUGCCUUUUUCUAUCUGUACCAGGCUACUAUUUGCCUCAGCUACGCCCACAGCUGUGUCAGCCCCAUCCUUGUCAUUUUCUGCACCGAGUUCUUCCGCGAGAGGAUGGCCCAGUCCAGGUGGGGACGAGGAACAGGAGGGGAUGUGGUGGAGGGAAAGAGCUAAUUCAGUAGAGGGUGACUUCCUGUUGUGAGAAGUGAUGUAAAUAUAGGGGUUUAGCUUUUGCUGCCCAACUCCCCAUGGGUCUCCGAGUACCCUAACUCCAUGAUCGGUCAGAGAAGAAUGGAUGGAGGCAGGAUCCAGUAGAAAGCAAGGCAGAUAUUUAUUUUUCUGUUGCAAAAGAGUUUCCUUCCCUCCUUCCAAGGAGAGAGAGACUCUGAACAGAAGUUUGCAGGAACCUUUAAGGACUUUUGACAUUGCCCAACCACCUUAGCCAAAGACCACCCCAAAAUCGUCAUACAUACAUCAUAGGAGGUGGUCUACAGCAGAAAUCAUGCCAGGAUACCUGAUAAGGGUCGCUGAUUGCAUUACCUGGGCAGCCUGGCAAUUCUUUCAUGAUCGUUAAUACUUUAGUUCCUGAAUCCGGGUCUCAGGCUCACCCUAUUCAUACACAAAUACACCUUUAAGACAGGAUUUGUAAGAGAAAAGACAAUGGGGAGGCUUUCCCCAUUUGUCUUCCUUCCAGCAGGGAGUAUUUGAGGUCACCAGGAGAGUCAGAAUGGCUUCAGGAUUGCACUCCUGUACUAUUUCAGACACAUGGAUUAUAUAUUUAGAUAUGUGUGCAUUAAUGAAUAUAUAUUUGAGACCUUAAAAUUCUUCUAACAGAAGGAUGCUGCAAGCUUUAUUUUAAGGGUGAAACAGGGAGGGGGAAUCUCAGUCCAGCCCUCAGGACUCUCUACAAGCCACGCCACCUCUCCACUUGACACAUCCCUCACCAGCCCUGCUUCGCACUCCCCUGGAGUGCUUUUGCCCGGACUGGAAUGUAUCCUUGAACUCUGACACUGCUUCUUGGCUUGUGGGGAAGGAGGAUAAAGAGAGGGGUGUAUGAAUGGAAACGAGCCCAAGGUAAGAUAUCAUCACCAUCAUCACCAUCGUCAUAGUAAUAAUAAUUUGUAUACCGCCCUAUACCUGUAGAUCUCAAGGUAGUUCACGGCAUAAAAUUACAAUUAAAAAACCCCCAAAACAAAUCAUAAAAAUAAGAACAGAAACAAACCAAUAAUUCCCCCUACCACAACACAUUUCAAAGCUCAUCAGAUGUCAGUCAGCUAAAGGCCGGGCUGAAGAGGAACGUUUUCGCCUGGCGCCUGAAGGUGUAUAAUGAAGACGCCAGCCAAACCUCCCUGAGGAGAGCAUUCCACAAAUGGGGGGCCACUGCAGAAAAGGCCCGUUCUUGUGUUGCCACCCUCCGGACCUCUUGUGGAGAGGAGGCACACAAAGACGAGCCUCAGAGGAUGAUCUCAGUGUCCAGGUAUGUUCAUAUGGAAAGGGGCAGGCCGUGAGGCAUUGCAACCAUUUUGUUGCUCUGCCCAUUCUUGCCUCUGCCUGUGGCCCUUGGAAAAUUGCCCAGCAGGGAAUGUGGCCCUCAGGUUGGAAAAUGUUUCACACUCCUGCUGUGGAGAGUGACCUGGGAAUAAGGUCCCUUGAACACAGCAGAACAUUCUCCUGAAUCAAAACACACAGGAUUGUAUUAUGCAUAUCACUUAUUAAAUGGAUAAUGCUUGAGAGAUUAUCUCUUUUUCUUUACAGGUAUUGCAGAUUGUUUACCAAGUGGAGGGCAAUACGAGAAAGCCAUUCCUUAUCUAUACCAGAAAUGACAGCUACGAUGUACAGUCCAGAAGCAAGCCUUGCUGCGUCUCCAUGCAUCAUUUACCCUCCAUUUGCAACAGAGAUGCCUUUGUGCUCUGUAACUGAGACCACCAGAAUCAGUGUAGUUGUCAAUGGACAUGAGGAACCUAGUGGGUAUUGAGGACCCGCUUUGAUUUGGUUUAGAUCUCAGCUUGAAACAUUGGCACACCCUGAAGUUCUGGAAGAGGAUUAAGGUGGUGAUGAGGGAGAGAUACAGACUGGAAGACUCCUGGUUCUGGAGGGCUGUUGUAAGACCAUGGCAGCAAGUGGAAAAACUGUUAGUGACGACUAAUAAGACAAGGGACAUUGAACAAAUUAAAUGAAACAAUAAUUCACUUUGUCUGGAAGUCAAUGCGCCUGUUCUGUUUCACUGUACAAGAACAAAUUAAUGAACCUGUAAAUAUCAUUUGUCGUAAUAUCCGUCCUCUAAUCUAUUGACUGCUCUUGCCAGGGUGUUCACUUGAACAAAAGAGAAAUCUGUCAAGUUGAUGGAACUUCUAUACGAUGGACACAUUAGACCAGAGCACUUAAAAGUGCUUAUUUAUCAAUCUUACCUGUUAGUUGGCCAUGUUCAACCAACCUGAUCCUAAAAUCAAGUUUCUUCUAUCACAAUUCCUUCUGUUAACUUAGUAGUUCUCACGUGGUCAGAGUAUGAAAUGAGGAUGUGCUAUCUGAAAUUCACUCAUGCUAUGUUUGCAAAAAGGUUCGCAAUUUGCAAACAAAAUGGUAAACAGAUAAGGGGCUUUAUUCAAGCCAUACACAGAG